AUGGCAGCAACAUCACCUUCGUCUCCAUCGCAGGCCUCCACUGCCUCAGACUCUGACCGGGAUCUCAUAAAGCAGAUAAGGAGCCACGAGUUUGCAUUAGCGGAGCUCAAUAAUCUUCCUUCCUCUAGGGUGGUCUAUCAGAUAAACGGGAAUAUAUUUUUCCGUACAACUGUGCAGAAAGCAACAGCCUUUGAACAGAGAAAAAUCGAUACUGCCAAAGCUAAGUUACAAAAGUUGAAUUCAUCUUGA